AUGUCUCAACGUCGUGCCAACGAAGGGACAUCUGCAAGCGAAGUCCCUCAGCAACCCACCGCCAAUCCCUGGAACAAUCAACCUGUACCGAUGUGGAUGGGACCUCUCGCCUAUUAUAAUGAGGACAUGGAGGGUCAAUUCCGAACAGGCUUAUCUCUUACUGGUGGUCCUGGUUUCGGUAACCAACCUCUGCAUCAAGAGUCGACAGCCAUGGAGGACACCUUGUUUGAGAUAAAUCAGACCGGCCUGUCGCCAAUGUGGAGAGACCCAUCGCCGGCAUACGUGGACCCAAGGGUGGGACGUUCUGUCAUGCAAGCCAGAGCGCCGCUUCCUUUCCAAUAUGUAUCACAGCCACCGUCCGCACCUACGCCUACUGACCCAAGUACGGCCCCGUGGGAGACCUCACCGGUCGAAAUUCACUUACGAGGUCGAGGACCGGCUUCAUCUACAGCGAGGCAAACGGCUCUCUACCAAUCGCUCAUGGGGCAACCAGCUCCGGGAGAGGUAGUCGGGACCGCAACCCCGGUUCCAGUCUCCCAAGGCUAUCCCGCACCGCAGUAUGCCCCAUACCCACCUUACCCGGGUCCCUUGGCCCUCCCACCAGGACAAUUGCCCGGCCCCACCGGCUAUGAAAUGAUGCAGCAAGACCAAACCCCCCUCCAUCCCGGCAGCCCAACCCCGAUGCUCGUCCAGCUAGGCGCCUCGCAGAACUUCCUGGUCAACAACAGGCCUGCGCGAUGGAUCCAGGUCCUCGACGUCGACCCUUCCUACCAGCGCGCUCGAACGCCGUCUCCCAACAGGGCGCCGGCCCUGAGCGUCUACGUGCGCGCGCCCGAAACCGAAGUCCACUACUGGGCCGUCUUCCUGCGCGAGCUGACGGUGCAGGAGCUCAUCAAGCGCGUGGUGCAGAAGUACGGCUUCAGCACCGACGAGCGGGACCGGGUCCGGAUGGCGGUGCGGGUCACGGACGAGCACGACGGCGGCGGCGGCGGCCGCGUGCAGCACCUGACCGACGAGGACGUGAAGCACAUGGAGAGCGAGGUCCCCAUCGACGUCAAGGUCACCAGUUUGGACCCCGAGAGCGAGGACUGGCAGCUCGAGUUGAGGUACUAG